AACGUUUUUUUUUUUCUCUUCCGGACGUUGGACCGUGUAUCAUUUCUUAUAACUUUAAGAUUAGCGGAUGGAUGAAGCUGCCUUCUUUUGUGCCAAUUACUGCCACCGUUUCCCUUUACGACGUGACUCCAUGAUACGUAGUGCGCUUCUGAUGAUAGUGCUUCUGAUGAGUACAGACGCUGAAGCUCUCCAGGUGAUUGGUGGAGAUGUGACAGUGGUUCAAGGAGGUACGGCCAUCUUACCAUGCCAUGUCAUUGAUACCAAUGAUGACUUGACACAGAUUACCUGGCAGAGGAAGACGAGAGAAAAACCUCACAAUGACAAUUUCCUAACUAUCUUACCCAGAGAUGGAGCACAGUUUGUAAAUGGCCGUGAUGAUCGUUUUAAAUAUAUUGGGAAUUUUAACAGCAAAAAUGGAACUCUCCAGUUAUCCAAUGUUACCUUGAAGGAUGAAGGCAGCUACACGUGCAUCUUCACAUUGUUUCCCAGUGGAAAUCAAAAGACUCAGAUACCACUAAAUUUGCUUGUACCUCCUUUCACAAACAUCAAGGACAAUCUUCCCACUUUGGGCACAGAAGAGGUUUUAUUUGCUACCUGCACGGCUGCUGGAUCGAAGCCUCCUGCAGAGGUGAGGUGGCUCACUGGUGCUUUGGCAGACAAAGUGAGGACGACAACAAACUCCACACAGUAUGACAACGGGACAACUACCACAGUCAGCUCUCUGUUUGGUGUUCCUACGAGAGAAAUGAAUGGUCACCAGGCCCAGUGUGCCAUCAGUGGUGACUCACUGUCUAAAAACGAAACCCUGCCCUUCACCAUACAGGUCUACUUCUCUCCCACAGAAGUGAACAUUAGAGCAAGUUCUGAGGACUCAUUUGAGUGUGUGACAGAAGCCAACCCAAGUGCAAAUUUUACAUGGAGCAGAUCUGGCCAGUCUUUGCUGCAGUCUGCUGUCAAAGUAGACGGUGCAAAGCUACAACUGCUGAGUCUGAGCUCUGAUCUAAAUGGCCUCUAUCAGUGUGAAGCGUCUAACACAUAUGGAAGUAAACACGGUCAGCUUUAUGUGCGUGUGGCGUCAGGAGCAUGCUCUGCUGCUUGGGCCUUAUUUGGUGUUUUGCUUUUCCUGAAUGUUGUUGGGGCUGCAGCAUGGUACUUUUAUAAACAUGGAUGUUUUCAAAGUAGGAGGUCUUUAAACCAACAUGGUGGCAAGCAGCAUGACACAAAACUUCACCGGAGUGUGAGAAACGAUGAUCACGGACCAGAGGAAGAAGACCUACAGAGAGCUCUCCAGGUGAUUGGUGGAAGUGUGACAGUGGAACAAGGAGGUACUGCGAUCUUAUCGUGCUAUGUCACUGGUACCAAUGAUGACCUGAUACAGAUUACCUGGCAGAGGAAGACGAGAGAAAAACCUCACAAUGACAAUUUCCUCACUAUCUUACCCAGAGAGGAAGUGCAGUUUGUCAAUGGAGGUGAUGAUCGAUUUAAAUAUAUCGGGAAUUUUAAUGACAAAAAUGGAACUCUCCAGUUUUCCAAUGUUGCCCUGAAGGAUGAAGGCAGCUACACGUGCAUCUUCACGUUGUUUCCCAGUGGAAAUCAAAAGACUGAGAUACCGCUAAACUUGCUUGUGCCUCCUUUCACAAGCGUCAAGGACAAUCUUCCCACUUUGGGCACUGAAGAGGUUUUAUUUGCUACCUGCACGGCUGCUGGAUCGAAGCCUCCUGCAGAGGUGAGGUGGCUCACUGAUGCUUUGGGAGACAAAGUGAGGACGACAACAAACUCCACACAGUAUGAUAACGAUACAACUACUACAGUCAGCUCAUUGUUUGGUGUACCUACGAGAGAGAUUAACGGUCACCAGGUCCAGUGUGUCAUCAGUGGUGACUCCCUGUCUACAGAUGAAAGUCUGCCCUUCACCAUACAGGUCUACUUUUCUCCCACAGAAGUGAACAUUAGAGUGAUUUCAGAGGACUCAUUCGAGUGUGUGACAGAAGCCAAACCAAAUGCAAACUUUACCUGGAGCAGAUCUGGCCAGUCUUUGCUGGAGUCUUCUGUCAAAAUAGACGGUGCAAAGCUACAACUGCUGAGCCUGACCUCUGAUAUAAAUGGCCUUUAUCAGUGUGAAGCAUCUAACACAUAUGGAAAUAAACGUGGUCAGCUCUACGUGCAUGUAGCAUCAGGAGCGUGCUCUGUUGCAUGGGCCUUACUUGGUGUUUUGAUUUUCCUGAACAUUGUUGGGGCUGCAGUAUGGUACUUUUAUACACAUGAAGAUCAAAGGCGUAGGUUUACACUUUUUUGGCAGCGUGUCCCAACAAAUGAACCAGCUGGUAACAGUGCAGCACAACAAGAACAACAUCAGAUGGAGGAAUCUCUGUGACAGCUGUGGAAGCAAAGGAUGAGCAAUAUCUGGACUGAAUGCUCGACCAACAUGCCAUUCUAGAGUCAGCUGCUAAAUGAACAGAUGAAGAACAGGUGGAGGUACUUGGUGUCCGUUUAUCUCUCGGCCCCACUUUUGUUUAUCAUGUCUUAGUUUUUAAUGAAGUUUCUUUAUUGCUUUUUCUUGUGCUGCCAUGGCAUUUAGGUUCUACCUUGACAUACCAGCUCUGGCUAAUAUGAAUGGCAGUUUUUCUGUGACAUUUACAUCUCCUGAUAACACAAGCCGUUAAGCUCCUGAGGAUUUCAACCCUCAGGGCUUCUGUUUAAAACAGUGUUAUCAGUGUUAUCAGUACACCACAGAGCCUCACACAGACAGUAGGUUCAGACGGCACAAACAGUCAAGUGAAGCACACCGUCUGAUUACCAUAUAGUACAUAACACUUGAAAAAUAGAGCCCCACCCUUGUUAGCGCAUGGCAGAUGUUUUGCUUGGACAAUCUAACAUAAAGCAACAUAUAAAGAAAUUUGAAUAAAAAAAUCUUAGUGAGGUUUUGUUACUGUGUUGAAUUAUUGGUUGUCAACCAACCAGGAAAGAAAAGUUUGAGAAAAUUAAACAAGCUAUUUAUGAUUUUAUAGAAUUCACACACGUAAUAAGUUAUUAGUUAGAUGUUAUCUUCCUAUUUUCGCUCUUUGUCAUAAUGUGCAGUGUGAGGAAUAAUAAAAAACAGCGACUGAUCAGCAAGAGUAACCAUAGGGUAAUUGAUACAGAAGUAAAAGCAAAGGUCUGUUCAGGUGUAGGAAAGAAGUAUUCCCUACAUCCCCCUUCAUAAAUCACCACCUUAUCGCGGUAAAGGGGUUUGCGUGCCCUUCUGAUCCCAGGAGCUAUGUUGUCGGGGACAGUUUGUCCCUGGUAGGGUCUCCCUAGGUAAAUUGGUCAUGGGUAAAUGGCCAGACCAAGUGUGAUUCAAAAGAGUUCGAUGAUGAGAAGUUACUUGACAAAAUCUUGGUUACCAGGGCCCCUUCAUAAGGCCAAACUUAGUCAAGGAGCUAUUUUUGGAAACACCCAUUAUUCAUGGGUCCUGGCUGACCCCAGUUACUCCAGUGAACCCAUCACCUGCUGGAGGGGCCAUAGUGGUCCAGUGUUAUGUGGAUUAGGUGCUAAAACUGGUUUGUGAUAUACGGUGAUAAUCAAGUGUUCCUUUUUGAGCAGUGUACUAUGUUGAGUAUCAUACAUAAUGAGAAAGGUUUUCUAAAAUGUCCACUCAGGCAAAACAAGCUUUGUUAACGAUUUGUAACUCCAGCUGCUGUAGGUGGAGAGCAGUGACCAGUCUAUAAAGUCACACUUCAUACAUGGCUUUAUUCAAUUUACUGCUAAUUAACAAACAUUAAUUGUUUUAUGAUUAGAUUUUUUUUCCCACCAGAUUUGUCAUAGACUGAAAUAUUAUGUGAUAGAUCAGAAGGUGGGCGUAUUGUGUGAGGAUGUUAGCGUGAUGUCAAGUUGAAAGAAAAAUUUUAAUCAUAUUCCAUGUUUUCCAAGUGUUGAGUGCAUAUUCUAAAUUAUUAUCAUUAAAUUCUGGGGGGGGGGGGUUUAAUAUUCUAGUGUUGAUUCACAGUUUCUAUUGUCUCACUGGUCAUCAUGGUACUUAUGUGGAUGUUUCAGUAUGAAACUUUUUACAGUUUUAAAUAGUCAAGCAAACUGCAGCUAUUAAUAAUUGCUACAAAACAAUACCUCUUUUUAUACUGUAAAAGUGUAUUCUGGUACAGCCUAAAGUUUUUGUAUUAAGCUGCUUCACUUUUGUAAAAGGUUAAUUCGCAUAUUUAACUGCUGUUUACAAACAAGCUUGAAGGGGGCCACAGCAGCGUGUUGUUUUAUACUAUUUAUAUUUUAGGAUAGAAACUGCUGACUCAUCUUGUCUGGAUCUUGUUGCUAAAUCUGUUUUUAGAUUUAAUAAUGGAUGUAAAGAUAUUAUUUGCCUUUUUCCUGCAUACUGCUGAAUAUUGUAAAUUUAGUUACAUACAUUUUUCAUCCUUGUUAGCAUUAGCAACGCUUACAUGUGUAUUUUAACUCUACAUACAUAUAUAUUAUUCAUCAGAUUUUUUUUCUUUCCUUUAAACCUAACAAUGAAGACAUGACACUUUAUGGUUUUAAACCUUUUCAGAAAGUAAGAUCAUUAAAAAUGUUUUCAUUUUUUAAAAUAUAUCAAUGCACCAUACAUGAUAACAGUGGUUCUCAAGCUGUGGAACAUGGCCCCACUGAAGCAUCAUGGAAAAAAAAGAGGGUUUUUUUGUUUGUUUUUGUAAAGCCUAGUUAAUUUCUCUGUAAAAGUCGGCUUUUAACCUCCUAGGACCUGGCGUCCACAUAUGUGGACAUCACAUUUUGGGAUAUUUAGACCAAAAUACUCAAUUUUGCUCUACAAGGGGCUGAUAUCCACUUAUGAGGACAUUAUAC